AAAUGUGAAAAUGUGAAUUCAAAGAAAUUGAAACGUAAAGUGCGAUUUGAUUAUUCUGAUUCAGACGAAGGCAUUGAAAUAUAUGGCACUGCCAUGUAUUACAUUGCACUUUGUAAUUUAUAUGGGAACAGCACUGAAAAAAAUGAGGUGUACGCUUUAAGUAUCGCAGAUUAUCUUGGCCAAAAACAAAAAUAUAAUGAUGCUUUAAAAAUUUAUGAUAUAUUAUCUUCUAAGGCUGAAGGUGUUAAAAUAAAAUCAAAAGCUUCUCAAAAAAUUAAUGAAUAUCAAAAACAUAAGCCUAAUAAAUAA